CGAUCGAUCGACCGAAGUCCAUUAUUCAUCACCGCGCAACGGAGAAGACAACAAGAUGGCAUCACUCUCCACCACUUCCAUCAUGCUCCCAGUCCUCCUCGUCCUCCUCCUCGCCGCUGCCGCCGCCGACGCCGCUACCUUCACCAUCACCAACAAGUGCCAAUUCACCGUGUGGGCGGCGGCCGUGCCAUCCGGCGGCGGCAGGAAGCUCGACGCGGGGCAGACAUGGACCGUCAACAUGCCGGCGGGGACGACGGGCGGGCGCGUGUGGGCGCGCACGGGCUGCAGCUUCGACGGCAGCGGCAGGGGCCGGUGCCAGACGGGGGACUGCGGCGGCGUGCUGCACUGCACGGGGUACGGGCAGGCGCCCAACACGCUGGCCGAGUUCGGGCUCAACAAGUUCAACAACCUCGACUUCUUCGACAUCUCCCUCAUCGACGGCUUCAACGUGCCCAUGUCCUUCCUCCCUGCCGGCAGCGGCGCCGGGUGCCCCAAGGGCGGGCCGCGGUGCCCCAGGGCCGUCACGCCGCAGUGCCCCCGGGAGCUGCGGGCGGCCGGGGGCUGCAACAACGCGUGCACGGUGUUCAGGGAGGACAGGUACUGCUGCACGGGGUCGGCGGCCAACAACUGCGGGCCGACCAACUACUCGCGCUUCUUCAAGGCGCAGUGCCAGGACGCCUACAGCUACCCCAAGGAUGACCCGACCAGCACCUUCACUUGCCCCGGCGGCACCAAUUACCAGGUCAUCUUCUGCCCAUGAGCUGGUGGCUAAGUGAAGCGGCGCAGCGUGGAAGUGAUCUAGCCUUCGGAGAACGGUGUCGAUCUGUAUGGAUGUGUACGCAGCUAGCGGUUGAGCACUAUGACAAGAAUAAGUUUGUCCUGCCUUAUCGUAAUAAUAAAUAAAACUCGGUGCCUAUGUUAGAAUGUACUCGUGCAUGGAUAAAAUGCUCUUGGAUGGGACGAAAGCUCCUAUAUAAGGGUGCAAACGGGAUCCCGAGAAAAUCUCGCUUCUAGUUCAA